CUUUUGACAGUCGCAAUAUACUCGCGCAUGCGCAUCGUCUGUCUGCUUGUUUUAUUUCUACUUUCAUUAUCCCAUCUCUUCUCGUCUUCAUUGACAUUCUUUUCUAUAAACAUAUAAACCACUUUAAAGACACAGCAUGACCUCCCGACUGCCACAGACCAAAGGUGGAUUCAAUUUUGACAACCAUGUCCGAAACACCAUGUUGGAAGGGAAGGGUCUCGGACUGCCAAAAGCGACCAAGACAGGAACGACCAUUGUUGGACUGAUUUACAAGGACGGUAUUGUUCUCGGUGCCGAUACUCGUGCCACAGCCGGACCCAUUGUUGCAGACAAGAAUUGUGAGAAGAUUCAUUAUCUGGCUCCCAACAUGUACUGCUGUGGUGCAGGGACAGCAGCAGACACAGAAAUGACCACAGCCUUGAUCAGCAGUCAAUUGGAGCUUCAUCGUUUAAGUACAGGACGUCAAGCUCGCGUUGUUACUGCCAUGACAAUGUUGAAGCAGAUGCUGUUCAAGUACCAAGGACAUAUUGGAGCUGCUUUGAUUCUUGGAGGAGUCGAUAUCAAUGGACCUCACCUUUACACAAUCUACCCACAUGGAAGUACAGAUAAGCUUCCAUAUGUCACCAUGGGCUCUGGAUCACUUGCUGCUAUGAGUGUUUUUGAAAGCCGUUUCAAGGCUGACAUGGACCGCGAGGACGCCAUUGCUUUAGUGCAGGAUGCCAUUGAAGCCGGUAUUUUCAACGAUCUUGGAUCUGGAUCAAACGUCGAUGUUGUCGUGAUUACCAAGGAGAAUGUCGAAGUCCUCCGAAAUUAUGCUAGACCUAAUGAGCGUGGAGUUAAGGAAGCAAGCUACAUGUUUCCUCAGGGAACAACACAGGUGCUCAAGUCGUCAAUCCGUGAUCUUGUGGAUAUCAAGGAGACAGUUCAGCCUGUCACAACGGAAGCUAUGGAUAUUUGAGUCCUGUCAGCUCAUCGUCAAUAAAAGAAAUGUAUUAAAGUAAUAAAAUAGUAAAUUGGUGGGGCAAUAGCC